AUGGAUGUAUCCGACACAUCUUCGUCUGAGGCCGAGGAAGUAAGCGGUGCCACCACUGACGACGAUGACGACAUCUCGUCGGCAUCGUCAAUGUCAACCAGUCCUGCAACCUUUAUGCCAAUUAAAACAACCGCUGCCCUACCAAGGAAAACAACCUAUACAACCACCAGAAAAUCAUCAACCACAACCAUACCGAAACCAUUAAACAACACCAUUCACACCACAAGCAUUUCAAAUAGUAUAAACAAUCAUAUAGCAACAACAAUAACAAAUAAUUUAUCAAAUACUAAAAAUUUAAUUAAUAACAACAACAACAACAACAACAAUAAUAAUAUUAAUAAGACUAAAAAUAAUAAUAAUAAUUUAACAAAUAAUAUACAUGAAAAUCAUCAUAUAGAUAUAAAUAAUAUAAUUAAUGCAAAUUUAGAUAAUAUACAAUCGACGAUGGCUGCGUUUGGCGAUCAGUCGAAAAAUCAAUAUGUUAGUUCAGUUUCACAGGAGAAGGUUGCAAGCGGUAAUAAUUCUCAAAAAUCAGGGUCCUCGCGUAAGAGUCUGUCGACAGGUAACAUUGGUAACUCUGCCGGUGCGAACGGUGUUGGCGAUGGCGCUAAUGACAAUGACGGUGGACCCACGGCCGACACUACUGUCCUCAAGAAGCGAAAGAAGAACGGUGCCGAUGCCGGUCGUUGGUGUCACCAGUGCAAGGCACUCAAAUUUGAAUUCAUUCAGUGUCAAGCAUCGGAAGCCGGUCGUCCCAAAUGCAACAAGCGGUUCUGCUCGACCUGUCUUACCAAACAUUACAACAAGGAGGUGGCAGUACUGAAAGAACGUGCCAAACCUUGGGUCUGUCCGUUUUGUAAGAAUACCUGUAUAUGUGCUGCUUGUAAAAGAAGAAGAGGAAACUCAGAACGCAAAUUAAGUAAGAACAAGAGAAGCAAUGUAGUUAGUGGUACCAGUAAAUCAAGAGCUGCAGCAAAUAUCAAUAAUAAUAAUAACAACAGUACAAAGAGUCCAAGAAGACAACAACAAAUGAAAGAUACUGAUAUAAACAUAGAGGAAGAUGAAGAAGGGAGUAGUGAUCUGUCAACAACAACAACCACCACUACAAAUUUGAGGAGAACACCACAAACUAGUAGUAGAUAUAAAAAGAGAAAGAAAGGUGGUGGUAGAAGUAGUGCAAGAAGAAGAAGUAUCGUCAACUCUAGAAAAGUUAGUGAGGAGGAGCAAAGCUGUGAUGAUGAUGAUGACAAUGAUGAUGAUGAUGAUGAUGACAACGAUGAAGAAGAAGAAGAAGAUGAUGAUAUUGCCACUGUUAGUGAGGAGUCUAGUGAUAGUCACCGGGUAAACAGUGUAAGCAGAAAGAGCACCAGUAGGAGAAGAUCUGCACCCGCCUCCACAACCGCCGCCACUAGCAACGGAGGAAUCAUGAUGUUACCGACAGCAUCAGAGAUAUCUGCUGACAAGUCACCGUCGAUUGUCUAUAACGUACAGUAUCCAGACUUUAAUACCACAGUCGAUGUCAUGACACCUUCGUUUAGAGUCAACGACCAGUACCUCAAAGACGAUGGAUUCCGAAAGUUGCCCAAGGCAUUCUAUCGUGGCGGUUGGACCGAGAACUUUAGCGUUGAACUCUAUCUCUACAACAAGGAGAUUGAGAUGCAAAUACUCGAGGAGGAGAUUGCUCGUCGUAAGGAAGAAGAGGACAAAGUCACCAAGGAAAUUAUGGCACAACAACAACUAAAAGAACAACAACAACAAUCAGAAGAGCCACCAAACAGUCCGACCACAUCCAACCCCACUCCUGCAUCGACACCUACCUCCUCUGAAAAGAUUAGAACUCGCAGAAAUUCAUCGCUUACCAACUCUCCACCAAUUGACUUGUCACUUGCGUCGCUCACCAGACGAAAGCGUAAAUCCAAAGAAUCCAACGGUCAUGCACAUCCACAACAAUCACAGGAAACUGUGGAGUCGAGCGAUGAAGACACCUCGGACGAGAUCUACCUGCGUAGACAUGCCAAGUUGGCGGCUGAGGAGAAGAUUUGGUAUGCUAGCUUCGCCAACAAGAAGAAGGAUAGAAAGAACAAGAAUCCAUCGUCAACGUCGACCACUCCCACCAGACCAACCGAAGCAUCAAACAAGUCUGUUCCAUCGUCACCCUCGAUGCCGUCGACACCAACCAAUAGCGCACCUUCAUCCCCAUCACUCCACAACAAGGUCAUACCACUUCGCUCUAGACUCAGAACAAGCUAUCCAGGCCUACAAGCUUCAUCUCUAACAUUCAUUAGUCUAGACUUUGAUCAUAUAGUUUUAUUUAUUUCCACUACAUCAUCCACCAAGGAAUUGGAGGAUUUUGUUUAUAAAUCAGACCCAGCAUUUGGUUAUACUUAUCAUUCAAAGAUUGAUAAAGUUGGAUACACUAUCUAUGUUUUAAAUUAUACUUCAGGUACUUGGUUAAAUAGUGAAUUAACUAGCAAUCCAGUAUGGUGGCAUUGGCUUCACAUUUGUAUUCCCGAUAUCGUUACCACCCAGACUGCUUUCCUCUGGAACGAAAACGGUGACUUCUCAUCGCCAGCCAACUACACUCCAUACCCAUUGGCUGAGCACAUCUGCGCGAAUACCGGAUCGAUUGCCGCUAUCCUCUACCAAAAUCCAAACCAAGCAAUCAGUUUCAGAAAUUCUACAACCUUGUUGAGAGAGGACGGAAUCGUUGCUCGUACCUGGCGUGAGUUUUUCAAUAACCAAACCAAGAAGGAUUGGAUCGCUUCCUACCCAAUGACUCGUGCCGUCGUCAAAUCGAUGGAUGUCGUCCAAAGAUUCGUUAGUGAACGUUCAUUCUGGCACCGUGUCAAUGAUUUCGUUGCCGGUGGUGCAAGUAAGCGUGCUUGGGCUGCCUGGUUGGCUGCCGGUAUUGAUCCACGUAUCAAGGCUGUCGUUCCAGUCGUGCUUCCAAUCUUAAACAUGGAAACUAACAUCAACAAUCAUUACCGUGCUUAUGGUGGUUUCUCCUAUGCUUUCUACAACUACUUUGUCGAAGGUUUGAUGGCCGAGUUGAACAAGCAACCAUUCCAUGCUUUGGCACAUGAAAUCGACCCACUUAUGUACGUCCGUGGUUUAAUCAAGCCAAAGUACAUCGUUACCACCGUCUCUGAUCAAUUCUUCAUCCCAGAUUCCUCAGUUUAUUUCUUUGACAAGCUACUCGGAAAGAAGCAUCAACGUAUCAUUCCAAACGACGACCACUACAUGAAAUUGCAAUUCAGCCAACUUGUCAGUGAUGUUACCUCAUACUACAAAUCGAUUGCCUACAACUCGCAGCUACCAACCUUUGACUGGACUGUCACCCCAGACCUCUCGAACAACAGCACCACCAUCACACUGAUUCUCGGAAACGGUUGUGGAUUCCCACAACGUCCAACCUCUGUCUUGUUGUAUGCCGCCGACAGUGCAUCAAAGACCAAACGUGACUGGCGUCUCUUCACAUGUCCAACCUGUCAACAAAAUGUUACUUUCGUUCCAACCGUAGUUCCAGAGACUUCCGACAGAAAUGUCUACACUGCCACCAUCGAACAACCAGCCACCGGUGGUUGGAGAGGAGCAUUCAUCGAGUUGACCUACGAUAUUCCAUUCGUUGGAAUCCAAAAGUUCACCACCGAAUUCUUCUGGGCACCAUACACAUUCCCAUUCGCCGGUUGUGGAAACAACUGUCAAAACGUUCCAUUCCCAGCAUAA